AAUAACAAGGGAAUGUAUAGUAUUUCAUUACGUAUUAAGUUUUCUUAGGGAGUUGAGAAAAUUGAGUAGGAUUUCCACUUUGCCUGUCUUUGGUCCACACUCCAGUCCAGUUGGUGGCGGUAGUGCACCUUAAAGUUGGUUUCCAAACGCCAUAUAUAAAAUCCACAGAAGAUGAAACAACGAGUCCUGUGUUUUGAAAUCUGACUCCGCUACAGGACUGUGACAGCUGUGCAUCGUUUCAUCUCGCUAAGUUAUCUUAUAGGGAGAGACAAGUUUCAUUAACGAGUUAUAUUGGCACUUCCCCCACAAUGGAAGAAGCAGGAUACAAAGCCAUGGCUUCGGCUACUUCAGGUCCUAUUCACUUCUUCCACGAUGAUUUUUGAGGAUGAGAUACAAAUGAAAGAAUACCUCAUGACGAUGACUGAUAUGAUCGUGUUGUGUGCCACCCUGGCCAUCUCCCUCUUCUUCUGGAUCAUUUCCAUCACAGCCAGCACAUAUUACGGCACUCUCCAGCCGGUGUCUCCGUGGCGAUGGUUGUUCUCCAUCCUGGUUCCUCUGACUCUCACCACACGGGCCCUGAAGAAGAGGAGUCUGGACCACGGCGGAGCCCUGGGAGCCCUGCUGGUCGGCUUCAUCCUCACCAUGGCCAACAUAAGUUUCUUCUCUGCCCUGCUGGCUUUCUUCAUCACUUCCUCCAAGCUGACACGCUGGAAAGGAGACGUCAAGAAGAAACUAGACUCGGACUAUAAAGAAGGUGGUCAGAGGAACUGGGUGCAGGUGUUCUGUAAUGGUGGUGUCCCCACAGAGCUGGCGCUGCUAUAUAUGAUCGAGGUGGGUCCAGGGGAGAUGCCGGUGGACUUUGGGAAGCAGUACUCAGCCUCCUGGAUGUGUCUGUCUCUGCUGGGGGCCUUGGCCUGCUCUACGGGGGACACCUGGGCUUCAGAGGUGGGGCCCGUCCUCAGUCAGACCAAACCCCGCCUCAUCACCUCCUGGAGAGAGGUUCCUACAGGU